AUGGAAAGAAGUGAGCCUUCAUUGGUUCCGGAAUGGUUGAAAAAUGGUGGAAGUCUGACUAGUGGCAGCAUUACAUCACAUUCAGAGAGUCAAGCUACAUCAAAUCUUGCAAGAAAUAAGUCAUUUGUGCAUAGUAAUGGUCAUGAUUCGAGGCGAUCAUAUGGUUCUGAUAGAACCACUUCAUCAUAUUUCCACCGGAGUUCUAGUAGUAAUGGUUCUGGUCGUUUGAGCUCUUACAGUAGUUUUGGUAGAAAUCACCGGGAUAGGGACAGGGAAAGGGACAUAUAUGAUUCUUGUGACAAAGCAAAGCCAGUUUUGGGGGACUAUAGGCACCGAGAUUUUUCAGAUGUUUUUGGGAACGAUUUGCUGAGUAAAUUUGAGAGGGAUGGGGUGAAGCGUUCACAGUCUAUGAUUUCUGGGAAACGUGGGGAGACAUGGCCAAAGAAAGUUGUAACAGACUUGAGCAGUGCCAGCAGAAACGACAAUGGCUUACUCACCGAGGGCAGUCCUGUUGGCAGUGCAAACAAAGCUGCUUUUGAGAGAGAUUUUCCAUCCUUGGGAGCAGAAGGAAGACCAGUCACUCCUGAGGUUGGAAGAGUCCCAUCUCCUGUCUUGAGCACUGCCAUUCAGAGCUUACCCAUUGGCACCUCAACUGUGAUAGGUGGCGAAAAGUGGACCUCAGCAUUGGCAGAGGUUCCCUUGCUAGUUGGUAGUGAUGGAAUUGGCAUUUCAUCUUUGCAGCAAUCCACUUCUUCAAAUUCUUCCUCUGGCACUUUGGGGACAAGUUCUGGUCUUAACAUGGCUGAAACUGUGGCUCAGAGUUCUACUCAUGCUCAGACUACUACUCAGUCAUCAGCUGGAGCUUCAAGACAUGAAGAACUGACGAUUAAACAAUCUAGGCAGCUAAUUCCCAUGACACCAUCCAUGCCGAAAACUUUGGUCUUGAAUUCUUCAGAUAAGCAGAAAUCUAAGGUUGGCCAACAGCAUACGCUGGCAUCUUCACUUCCUGUUAGUCACUCUCCACGCGUGGCUCCUGAGAAGUCUGAUGUUUCAAAGACAUCUAAUGUUGGAAAGCUCCAUGUUCUAAAGCCAGUGCGAGAGAGAAAUGGUGUCUCUCCUGCGGCCAAGGAUAUCUCGAGCCCAACAAGUGGUAGCAAAAUCUUGAAUUCCUCUCUUGUUGUUUCUCUGUCGGGUUCUGGAUCUGCAGUGAUUCGGGGCCCACCAAACAACCCCAUUCUUCCUGGUGCCAAUCACAAGCCUGUAUUGACUGUGUCGGAGAAGAAAUCGACUUCUCAAGCUCAAAGUCGAAAUGAAUUUUUCAACCUUGUGAGGAAGAAAUCUUUGGCAAACACUUCUCCCGUUCCUGAUCCAUCUACGGCAAAUACGUCUCCUGUUCAUGAUCUAUCUAUCGCAAACUCCUUGAACAUUCCUGAUUACAGUACUACAGUGUCACUAUCUCUAUCUGUAUCUGUAUCGGAUAAGCUUGGUGAACUACCCGAGAUGGUGGCUUCUAAUACUCGUGCGGGUGAUACCCCGUCAUCUAUCGGCUUGAGUGAGAGCCAUAUGUCUGUGGACAGAGUUGACUCGACCUGCAAUACUGAUGCCUGUAACUGGCAGAAAUAUGUUAACAAUGGAAAAGAACGCUUAAGCGUGGAUCCUAUAUUUCCAGAGGAGGAAGAGGCUGCCCUUUUACGAUCUAUGGGAUGGGAGGAAAAUGCUGAUGAGGGUGGUCUUACUGAAGAGGAAAUUAGUGCCUACUACAGAGAUAUAAAUAACAAGAAGUACAUCAAUCGAAGGCCGUCACUGAAAAUAUUACGAGUACAGCCAAAGUUUUUGUUGCCUCGUGAUUCACAGAUUGGGACUGGUGAUGGCAUUUCUUCUGGAGAUUCGUCUGAAACUAAUCUGGAAACUUGA